GGGGGGGGGGGAGGAGAAGGAAGGAAAAUUGGAUUAAUGACGACAGUGAGUACGGAUACCUACCUAGCCAGCCUUGGGAGGGGGCUGGGCACAAGGAACAUUGGCCGCCGAGUGGGGGCAUCGCAGAAGAAAAUGAACUCAACAGCUGUUGCUGCUCCUGCUGCUCCCUGGCAAGAGGUGGAGCAGGAAGGAGGUACCUGAUGAACCAAGUACCGGUACUUGCGACACCGAGCAGCCCGUCUACUGAGCUGGGGCAACCUUGCCCGACCUCACGUCACCAUCACCCCCUUACACUACUCAUUGUGCACUAUCCGGUGGUAGGUAGUGUAGGCACCCUAGGUACCUGUGGUGGUUUACCGGUAUACAUAGUAACCCUACUGCUAGCUGUGAGCUCCACUCGGUUUCGUUGGCUGUCCCCGCUAGCCAACCUUCAACCUCGUUGCCAGCGGGCGUGCGGACUCGCUUAUUCCUGGCGCAGUUGGGCCCUUGGCCCCCCUUCUGACCUCUGGGCGCUAAGACAAGCAAGCAGUGAAUUGUCGUCAACACAAUCCCCCAUCAUUUCGCCUCUAGCCUUGUUCUUCUGGACCGACCCGCUUGCUUGCCUUUCUGGCUUUUCUGUUUGUGUGUUUGUGCGUGAAAGAGAGAAAGAGGGAGGCGGAGAGGGGCAGGGAGAGACGAAGCGCCGGCGCUUGCCAGCUCGAAACAGAGACAUUUAUUUGCCUUUACUUCUCUUGGUCCGAGUCGUUGUCAAGUUGAGAUGACACUCCUCUUGGCGCUUAUUUCGGCAGCAAUCAAGGGUGAUGCCGCUUUUACAGAGCCCAGGUUAUGCUAGCACGAAAGCGUCAAUUCGGCUCUCGCUGAUUAAACGCCGGCCGGGACGGAGUUAAAUGGCAUGCAGAAUCCCCCUUCG